UCUGCGGCAACCGUGGUCGCGAGCGCGCGUGCAGCUUGUGCCUUGGGAUGUGCGUGCAUGAUGGCAAAUGCGACUUCGUCAAACCGCAAGACUGGUACCCAGUAUUGCUGUGUCGUUCAGUGCCACAAUAGCCUCGAGAACACGAAAGGCCGACACCCGCCUGUUAAGUUCUACAGAUUUCCUGGUAAAUGGUACGAAACGAAGAGGAGAGAAGCGUGGAUAGCUGCUGUCCGCAGAGUCAACCCCGAUAAGACGCCAUGGGAACCGACAAAGACCUCACGCAUUUGCAGUGAUCAUUUUGUCGGCAACUGCAAGAGGGACGUAACCCGGCAUCCAUCUUAUAUCCCUACCAUCUUCCCAUCCGUGUACCAGAAGAAAGAAGCAAACCUCGUAAGAGCAGAAAGGUGGGAGCAACAUUUGCUGGAGCAACAAUGUUCUCGGCUAUCACCCCGAAAGGAAGCAACAACAGAACACAUGCUGGCAGACUCCAGCAACGCAGGUCUUGAACACGUAGACAUUGCAGAGCACCAUACUGGUCCUACUCUUCCAGAACUGGCAGAGAUGUUGAUAAAAACAGAGCCAGUUGACCUGCAGUCCUCAAGUUGCACAAUGACGCAAAUUCGAGCUGUAGCUGCAGUUGAUGUUUCAUGCCAGACGGAAUGCUCGCCUUCAGGCAAGCUCUUCAUUCUGCUGUCGGCAACAGAUGGGGCUGCGGCGUCAACUCAAGUUACUCACGCCCAACAACUUGACAAGGUGUGCCAUUGUUCGGUGGUGAAGCUUGAGCCUUGUGAGGACUGGAGCUGGAUGGGCUGAUCCCGCUGACGUCCUGGCUCGGCCAUGGUUGAUGUGAUGACGAGCAACUCACUUGGCAACAUGAGGAAAACUGAAGUGGAGUGUCAAUCAAGUCUACCACUUGUGCUACUCACUCGGGACUAAAGUGAGCCAUGAGAGAUCGGCAGGAUUCCACGUGCUUCAUUUGCCGACGCUGGCAUUGAUUGCAUGCUGCCUCCAAAAGUAACUUCCCCUCUCCCUGCCUAACCUGCUGGCAAGGUUCACCUUUCCAGUGCCAGGCUUCGUCGUGUGGGACAGUCGACCAGCAGGUAUGCAAGGAUUACCGCAAGUGGGAGGAAAAUCUUUCUCUAUACACCUAAGUCAAGAGGGGGAGAUAGAAGGGUUUACAGUAAAACUUCGCGAUAACGAAGGCCCAAGAUAAUGAAGGGGUAGGGGUGUGCAAAUACUCAAAAAUUUCAAAUAUUAUCCAAUAUGAUAUUUUUAAUGUUUGUAUUCAAUUUGAAAACUACGUAUUCGAAAAUUUUUGUAUAUUGGUUUGUACACGAAUAUUCGAAACAAAUCAAAUGUAUCGCUAGCUUUGCAGGAGCAAACACAGUUCUUAGUAUUUGCUUUUAUCUAAGCUAAGAAUAUGUGUCUGAUUUUGUUAUGAAUUUUGUGAUAAUUUCGUGCUCUGGCAGAAUUUUGCCUUCAAAGCAUGCUUAGACACUGUACGUGUAAGCUUUGCUAGAAAGCCAGUCUCGGUAGCAAGGCGUACUGGUUUGCGGACGGCGAAGGUGCACUCCUUUGCAGCGCCACCCCCACUCUGAGCUUAAUGCUCAACAGCAAAUGCGAUGAGUGACGGCUGGCACAGGGUCAAGUGCAUCCGAGUUUAGAGGCAUUUGAUGUUGUAUAAGUAACAGGUUGGCGAGAACCGCUGGUGGGAAUUACUCAAUUUUCCAAGUAACAUGAGCCAAAUACAGAAUCUUUUAGUAUAAUGGCUUAUUAGUCUCAUUUUUAACCACUGACAAUGUAAUUGUGAUAUUUCAACAUCUUUACAUGCUGUUAUUUACACGAUGUACGUCG